AUGGAGCCGCCUGUGAACCACCAGGAUACCAGGAAAGAGAACCUGUCCAUGGGGACCCCGGAGACCAGCAGCAGCGUGGUGGAGAGUGACCUCUUACUUGAGGUGAGACAGAGUGGAGCAGAAGGGUCAGGCUGUGGUUUGCCCUCCCAAGAGAUCACUGAUGAGAUGAUAGGGAGUACUGAUGUGGCUGGAAACAGAAUGGGACAUCAUAGUCUUGUGCCCAGUUGGUGAAAGACUAGCUAAAGACUAACAAACCAUAAAUACAACAUGUUCAUUAAACAGAAUUAAAAGCAGUCUGCCCUGACUGUGUUUUUUCUUAAAAGACACAAUAAAUACAAUUGUUGAAUGAAAAAGGACACAAAGUUGAAUUUAGCCGCAUUGAUUAUUUGAGGUUUAGAACAUUUCUUGAUGAUAUCGUGGCACAGCGGAGCUGCUUGGAUGAUGAGUAAGACCAACCCUCAGCCCUCCCUGUCCCAGAAUACCCGCACUCCCCUCCCCGAACACCCAUCCUCCCCGAACCCCCGCCCUCCCCUCCCCUCCCCGGACUCCCUCCCUCCCCUCCCACAGUAGUGUGACACCAAAGCAGCCAACCAUGAUGCUGCUGAAUGAAGAUCGUGACACGGUUAGGUCAGUAUCACAUCAGAGAGUGGGAAAAGGGGGCCCAGCUGACCUGGGCUGACUCGAAUUAGACCGGAGGUGACAGGGCCUGGCACCACAAUGUCAAACACAACAGCUCUAGUACCAGCCAACACAGGGAAGUCAAUGAGGAACUCUGUGGUGUUUCCUCCCGUUCUCCCCGCUUCUCUCUUCAAAUCAGGAGACAUGAAGAUAAUAUUUUGUAUAUUUAAUUCCAAUAUCCAUUCAUUAUCGGAAAUAGAGAUGUUGUAUCAAAAGCAUUUAUCAAUGAACUACUCAUCAAUGAAGUGCAAUUGAAGUUUGUCCCCUGUGUGUUUUUAGUACACACACAGAGUAUGAAUGAAAUUUAUUAUUUCAGUUUUAAGGCAAACAAAACAUUGACUUUGGUAAAGACUAAGAAACAUGGAAAUACUGAAAGUUUUGAAAAGUAUAAGAAAUACAGAAGACAAAUAUACAGAAUAUUUUCUGAUUCAAUUGAAAGAUGAUAUCCUGAAUUCUUGUUCAGACUUUUGACAUUACUGUUAAUGCCGUUGUGUUGUGUAUUAACAUGUGUGCCUGUCUCUUGUGUCUUCUAGUCCCUGACUGGGUUUGCCUUGGUGGUGAGCACAGACGGGUUGAUCUUCUACACCUCCACUUCCAUUGUUGACUACUUGGGCUUUCAUCAGGUAUGUUUCAACCACACCUUGCAUUCUCAAAGUCAUGAUAAAUCAGAAUUCACCUUGAUAUUGAGGGUCAAUGAUCAAUCAAGUCGUAAUAAAGGUAGUUGAAAUACAGUACCAUUGUACAAGCCUUUCAUAGAAAAUUACAUUCUGAGGAAAAAUUAUACAGCAUUGUAAAACUGUUUUAUAGUAAACCACCAACAAUAUAAAAACAAAACAAAAUUUACAUAAAAUAGUUUUUAAUAUAAGGCCAUGCAUGCCCUUUUAGUCAUUAAACAAAACAAAACAGAAAUCAAACUGGUUGAAAGAAAAAUAUUUGUAUGACCAACCAAGUCAAAAGUUUAAAAUAGCCAAUCGUGUAAUUCACAGGAUUUUAAUGACAAUAUUCUAGUUCUAGAAGCAAACAGAGCUGGAACUUUUCCACUUAAUUUACUUUACAAGUUUGUAACUGUCCUUUUUGAGUGAAUAGCUUUCUAUUGGUCCUAAUGAAAGCUGGGGUUUUAACAUGAGAAGGAGACAAAAGAAACAGUUGAUCGCUCAUCUGAUGGGAAUUGAGAUGGUGCUGCUGUGUGUUCAAAAAACAGGGCUCUUCACAGGGCAAGUGUUCAAAGCGUUGCAUGCCAAAGAAGCGUAUAUUAUGGGAAGGUUGAAUAUUUUAGUGGGAGUCUGUCGUUUUAUGAACACAGGGUAUAGCUGAGAUGGGGAAAAAAGAGAGGAAUUACGAGUGUGGGCUGGGGUUGCAGGGUUUUUCAUCAGGGUAGUGUUGCGUCUGUCCUCAUGCAAGCAGCUCUGGUGUCACGCAAAGCAAAGCACAAACAAGGCAGCGAGGAGGGCGGUCCAUUAUCCCACCGACUGAGGAGAGGGGAGGCCGGGGCCUAUAAUACAUGCAAACUGCAGGGAGUCAUAUUUGAAAAAAAAUGUAUGCCAUGUUUUGAAUCAAGAUCUCCCACGUAGAUCUAAUUGGUGGGGAGGGAUUCUGAGUGAACCCAGUCAGUCACAGAAGGCCCUCCGUCCCUCCCACACCCUUCUGGUCAGUGGGGGGAAACCGGAAAACAGAAGUGUUAAGUUCUCAGUGGGCUCGCUGCAGGCUGACACUUGCGGUGUCUGUCUAGAUACCUCUAUGGCAUCUGCCCAUAGAUGUGUUUCACCCGACCGUGACACAGGUUAAGUGGGGAGGUGACUGCGUUGACCAAACACAAUGGAUGGGUAACUGUGGAGGUUAAUUGGUGGGAGGGCUGAAUGUUUGAUGACUUGUUCCUCCUCUCACCACUGCUCCUCCCGUCUCCUCCCCUCUCCUCCCUGUCCCGUCUCCUCCCCUCCCCUCCCCGUCUCCUCCCCUCUCCUCUCCCUCUUCUCCCCCGCAGACGGAUGUGAUGCACCAGAAUGUUUUUGAUUAUAUCCAUGUGGAGGAGCGGCAGGAGUUCAGAAGACAGCUCCACUGGGCCAUGAACCCCGGGCCCCAGGGGGCCUCCCUGGACCAGCACUCAGCCACAGGAACUGGUGUGUAGAUCAUUACCAUCAACAGAACCUCUGUCACUCUGUGCAACUGCUAAAGGCUGCAGGAAAGCCCCUCAUCAUCACAUGCAACUUGUCAUUUACAUUAGUUUCCAUUCAUGACCAUUUUGAAGAGGGACAAAGGGAUUAGUACAUUAGUUACUGUAUACAAGACACAUAAAGAAAUGAUACUGUAUUUUAUUCGUACUUUUCAAUACUCUCCUAAAACCCCUCAGUAAUAUUGGUGGUUAGAAGACCAAAACAAAUAUAAAGUAGGGUAUUUAUUACAUAGUUUGUACUAACAGAAAUGCUGUGGCUGUCCUGUAGGUGAAGACUUUGUGAUGAGCAGUCUCUUCAAUGCCCAAGAGCCUGAUGGUGUUCCUCUAGAGCUCACCUCCUUCCUCACUCGCUGUUUCAUCUCCCGCGUCCGUUGCCUGCUGGACAGCACCUCAGGCUUCCUGGUGAGUGAGUACCUCAGCUCACACAAGUACCUGACAAUAUCCACUCUUUUACAAACGGCAUUGACCAUUAUGCUCCACGCAGUAUGAAAGUCAGUUCUGGUUUGUGGGAGUUCUAUUCAGUAAUGUAUGUGCACUUGCUCCUUUGGGGUGUAGGCUAGGUUAUGUUACUGUGAAGCACAGAUACUGUGAAGAAAGCUGUUGAUGUUAAAAGGGCUUUAUAGUUCACUUUGAUUUGAUUGAUUGGUUGAUUGAUUAGUUGAUUGAUUAAUGUUUGGCAGAGCAUGCAGUUCCAGGGCAGCCUGAAGUUCCUGCAGGGCCAGAAGAAGAAGACAGACUCCGGGGCGCUGCUGCCCCCCCAGCUGGCCCUGUUCUGUGUGGCCGUGCCCCUCAUGAUGCCCUCCAUCACAGAGCUGAAGAUGAAGAGCAUGACGAUCAGGAGCAAGAACAAGGGCCCCGUCAUCACCACUCCAGAUAAGCACAGGUAAGCAGUACUGUGGGAGUGGUGAGCAUGGGGAGAGCUGAGCAGUAAACAUUAUUUCUCAAAUACUGUGUGUCUGUCUAUAUCAUGGUUUUACUAAACACUUUUUGAAGGAGCCAGGCAUUGACACCAUUUAGUUUACAAUCAAUUUACAAUUCAAGGCAUGUUUAUUACAGCAUCAAUUUCAGAAUCAAAUCACUGGGUAUGCUGAAUUCGGUCAAAUUAGUACUUCAUACUGUAAAUGUACACAACUAGAAGAUUAUAUCAUGCAUACAUGACCAUGGAUACAUUUUCCUUAGCCAUUUUCCUAAAUAAGGGAAUGCUGUCUGUAAUCUCUUUGUUUGUGUUCCCACAGUGAUAAGAGGCAUCGCUCCACCAGAGGUUCAUGUGACAGCAGUGACUUACUGCUUCUGAAUUGGUCCAGCAGCGCUACCAGAGACCCCUGCCACUACACCCCAUGGACACCCCUCUCCAAAGACGGCAUCAGGUACGGGAACAAUGGCUACUACACCCAGGAGGAGCCCCUCAACUUCUGCCUGUCUUCCAUGGGUGGUGGGCCCAAAGCUCAGAGCGUGAAUCAUCCAUGUGACAUCCGCACAGGGUCCGCCAUACGAAAGGGCCCCAGCGGCAGCUACAUACCAGGCAGACAAGGCAAGUACAACCACCUGGGGAAGUCUGGAGCUUACAGGAUGUCUCCAGGAUAUCAUGCUAAAAGACAGGAUGCCUCUCAGAACAAACUGUACGGAGGCCUCCACAACCCAGAGGUGGAGAGCUACUGUGAGGACGGCAUGAAGGCAGACAACAGGUACAUGGGCGGCCAUCUUGACUGUUACAAUGGCAUGGUGUUGCCUGAGACAGCCAUAAAGACAGAGCAGGACUCUGACUCUGAGAACGGUUGCAACAUCUACAGCAUGCCCCACAACGGAGCCUGGGUGGGGAACGAGAAACACUACAGCAUGGGCUACUCAGAAGAACCACAGGUGAAGUCAGAGGCUGACUACUACGACCAAUACACCACCUGCCAAAGGAACAAGUCCAGCAUGAGCCCAACGCUCAACAGACACCACAAAUACUUAUAUCCAGCGGGGAGCAGGGCUCAGAAGGAUCAUAGGAUACCUCACUCAGACCCUCUGUGUAGCAGUCAGGGAGCAAACUGUAUGGACAGCAAUGUAUAUGGGAAUGGUAAUGUGGAGCGUAAAGGCUACAUGCAGCAAGACAAACUGAACUACGAGUUCAGGAAUAAUCUGGUCCACUCUAUAAAGAGGGAACCCAUGGACUCACCUCCUUGGUCUGACAAUGGCCGUGACAUUAGCCAAAUACCCCUGCAGAGAAAUAUGAUUCCCAACUGUGCAUUGAAUGAUAUUGUACACAAACCAAACCCAUAUAUCUACAUGCAAUGA